AUGAAUAUUUUUCGUUUGCUUGGUGAUUUAUCUCAUCUUUUAGCUAUUAUUAUAUUACUGCUAAAAAUCUGGAAAACCAGAUCAUGUGCGGGUAUAUCUGGGAAGUCUCAGAUACUUUUCGCAGUCGUGUACACGGCGCGGUAUUUGGAUCUGCUAACCAAUUACAUCUCGGCUUACAAUACGUUUAUGAAGAUGGUAUUCAUAAUGGCUUCAUAUGCCACUGUUUACUUGAUGUAUGUCAAAUUCAAAGCAACGUAUGACCAUAAUCAUGACACAUUUAGGAUUGAGUUCUUGCUGAUACCGUCGCUAAUAUUAGCUGUGUUGAUAAAUCAUGAAUUGACUGUAAUGGAGGUAUUAUGGACUUUCUCAAUUUACUUGGAGUCUGUAGCUAUUCUACCGCAACUGUUUCUGGUGUCUAAGACUGGAGAGGCUGAAAGUAUUACAUCCCAUUACUUGUUUGCACUUGGAUCAUACCGAGCCCUGUACCUUUUGAAUUGGGUGUACCGUUAUGUUGUAGAAGACCACUAUGAGUUGAUUGCUAUUGUCUCUGGAGUGGUGCAGACUGUGUUAUACUGUGACUUUUUCUACCUCUACAUUACUAAAGUAUUGAAAGGAAAGAAAUUGCAGUUGCCAGCUUAA